UUACUGAGCUGUUGCGCCUUCUGAACGUGCCCAAUACUACCUUCUAAAAAAUCAAAUUUGACACCCGGUCGUGUUACCUUUGUAAUUAGAGUCCCUAUUACGGUUUACAACUCAACUCAGUUGAAUUGAAAUUGAAACAACUCAACUUUAAAACAACUUAACUCUUUUUUGGCAUUACGAAUUACAACUCACUUCAGUUGAAGUUGUAUUGAUGUUGCCAACCUAAAAAAGCGACGAUUUGACAGAUAAUUAAACAGCUGAUGAUUUUGUGGCGAAAAUUAAAACAAUAUACUUUACUUAAGGUUUACGAGUGUUUUUUUUUUCAAAUAAAAAGUAAAAUGGACAUAAGCGUUGAUUUAUUUUACAACGAUGAAAAUGUUGGUCCCAAAACUGAUGUGCUGCGCAUACGGAAAAGGCUUCGUGAUCACUCGAAUCCUUUGCAACUUCCAAGCACCAAGUAAGAAAAAUUGUAGCGACAAUUGAAUGGCAUUUUAAUAAUGUUUUUUUGCAGAUUCAUAAGCUACUUUCGUUUAAAUAAGGAAGCAUUUGUCUUUUUGCUAAACGAGAUGGAUGAACAUUUCCAGAAACGUGUGCGAGGAACGGCUGUACCUCCCAUAUUGAAAUUAUGUGCAACUCUCAGGUUCCUUGCUGACGGCAGUUAUCAAAAGUGCAGUGGAAAUGAUUUUAAUGUUGGACUGGCGCAACCUACAAUAUCUGUAGUUAUUAAGGAGGUUUUAAAUAUAAUUGAGCAGCAUAUUUGUGGAAAAUGGAUUACAACCCAAAUGACUGAAGAGGAGCAAAACGCGUCAAAAAUUGCAUUCUAUUCAAAAAGCGGAUUCCCCGGAGUAGUGGGUUGUAUCGAUGGGACUCACGUUCGCAUCAUUUCACCAAAAAAAGAAAUGCAACAUCUUUAUCUAAACAGGAAAGGCUACUACAGUUUAAACGUCAUGAUUCUUUGCGAUUACAAAAUGGCUAUCCGGUAUGUGGAUGCUAGGCACGCGGGCGCAAAUCACGAUUCCUUUGUUUUUAACGUAAGCGAUUUGAAAGAGCAUCUGCAGAGAAACAUACAGAGUAAUUCCUGGAUUUUAGGCGACGCUGGUUACCCUCUACAAACUUUUUUAAUGACUCCUUUCCGCAUGGCAGAAGCUGGUUCACCACAAGCUCGCUACAAUACAAUACACUCUAAGGCUCGAAAUAUUGUAGAACGGACGAUUGGAAUAUUGAAAAGCCGAUUUCGUUGUCUUUUAUCUGUGCGUGGCUUACAUUAUUCACCAGCAAAAUCUACACAAAUUGUGAACGCUUGCUGCGCUUUGCAUAAUAUUUGUCAACACUUUCGCGUGGAACUUUCUGAAGAAAUUGCAACCGCUUCAAGUACGGAAAUAAGCAAUGAAAACCUGAACAUUGAAACAGAAGACGAGGAUGCCGCCAGAAGAAUUCGCAAUAAUAUUUUGUUAUCCAUUUAAUAGAAAUAAAAAACUCUAACUCACAUUUAA